AUGACUUUCUACCACACAGCUGAAGACAUCCGCAUCGACGACGGCCACGUGCUGAGGGCUCGUCUCCAGACUGCCGACGGCGAGUGGAACGACGCUGAGAUCGACCUUAACGAGCACAUCGGCAACGACAACGGCCACUUCGUCUGGGACGGUGAGGGCUUCGCCAAUUCCGCUGAGGACAUCGAGUUCGCACUUGAGGGAGACGGCGACAUUCCCGUCCUCCGCGCUACCCUCAUGGACGAGGAGGGCAACGGUGAGACUCGCGACAUCAACUUGGGCGAGCGCAUCAUCAACAACGAUGGCAACUUCCACUACGAGUAG